AGCACCAUGGCCAGCUCUCUUCCUCAUCCCAACUCCUAUACUGCAUACGCUUUCACCGAGAAGCACGGAUCUUUGCAGAAAAUAACAGUUCCUUGGAGGGAUCCAGAGGAAGGGGAGAUUGUGGUCAAAGUCAUCGCAUGUGGAGUCUUGAUUUACAGUGACGACCAAGUUCCCAAGGGCUUAUUUCCCAUUGAUUACCCUCGUAUUCCAGGACAUGAGAUAGUCGGAGAUGUUGUCUCAAUACCUCUCACUGAGACUACUUGGACGCUUGGUCAACGCGUCGGUGGAGGAUGGCAUGGGGGA